AUGACACGAGCGCGCGCACCCUAUGCGCGAGCUCAAGUUCAGCCUCCGUCCUCCUCGCCGUGCGUGCGCGUCGGAAUUCCUCCAGUCAGCGCUCAUUGUGUCAAUCAGAACAUGGCAUGGUAAAACCUUGAGCAUCCUGGAGACGGUACCAUGUGGGGUAUAGCCCUUUGCGAUACUUUAAGAAGUAAAACGUCUCGUGAAUGCAGUACACGGAGGAAGACACCGUGUCGCGACAACAUUACAACGACGGUCAGCGGCACCUCAGAUGCCAAGGAGCAACUUUAACCCAGAAUAUCCUUCGAUUUACGGAAGAUGGGUAGCUCGGGCAAAUGUUUGCUCGAUAAAGACAUGCGACGUGUGCACGUGUAUAGUUUAUAUACAGGAGGACGUGACAUUUUAGCUGGAGAGAGAACAGCAGAAAAGGAACAAAAGAUUAAGCGCGCUCAAGAAUAUCUCCCGGAGUAGCGGCUUGUGGCUCUUGUCUAGCCAACUACACACGCUCUCUGCUCAAGCGGUGUCAAGAGGCAAACUACCUAAUAUCAGCACAAGCCACAAUGGCUUACGAACAAGGGGUUUGGGGGUCAAGGUCCUUCAAAAUGCGCUGUAUUCAUGACCACCGUAGAGUGCAAAACGAGGAAAUGCACAAAUUGCCUUUAAGCACCACAGUGAAAACGUACUCGGCAAUUCUCCACUGACACACUACAUGUUCUGAAAUACACCGUUACUUUCCCAUGUAACCGACUGAAAAAAACCGGAACAAAGCAGUCUGGCAACAAGAAAGACUUGGACACUGAUAAACCUUUUUUUUUUUAUAAAAGCCUCUAUCAAGGCAUUCUUCUCUGUGUUAAACUAUCUUCACAGACUCGCUGCGCGAGUCUGUGAUACCGGCCCUCUGAGACACUGUCUGCCCCGUUGUCCUCUGACAUCAUGAGCUGGAGCUUCCUGACGCGCUUGCUGGAGGAGAUCCAGAACCACUCCACCUUCGUGGGGAAGCUGUGGCUCACUGUCCUCAUCGUCUUCCGCAUCGUGCUGACGGCCGUGGGCGGCGAGAGCAUUUACUACGACGAGCAGAGCAAGUUUGUGUGCAACUCCGGCCAGCCAGGCUGCGAAAAUGUCUGCUACGACGCCUUUGCCCCCCUUUCCCAUGUUCGCUUCUGGGUCUUCCAGAUCAUCCUGUCCGCCAUGCCUUCACUCAUGUACAUGGGCUACGCCGCCAACAAGAUUGCCAAGAUGGAGGACACACGAGGGGUCGCGUCGGGAGGGAGCAGUGGCACGGGGACGGGCACCAGAGGUGGAGGCUACACUCACCGGCGGCCGAGGAAGAUGUACUUUGGGGCGCGGCAGCACCAGAGCGGCCUGGACGAAGGGGAUGAGGAGCAGGAGGACGACCCCAUGAUCUACGAGGUGCCCGAGCCGGACACCACGCGGCGAGACCUCCUGCCACCGCGGCCCAAGCCCAAGGUACGGCACGACGGGCGGAGGCGUAUCCGUGACGACGGCCUGAUGCGCAUCUACGUGCUCCAGCUGGUGACGCGCACGGCGCUGGAGGCCGGGUUCCUGGCAGGGCAGUACUUGCUGUACGGCUUCCGCGUGGCGCCCGUGUUCGUGUGUUCGGGCAAACCGUGCCCGCACAAUGUGGACUGCUUCGUGUCUCGGCCCACCGAGAAGACCAUCUUCCUGCGGAUCAUGUACGGCGUCACGUGCCUCUGCCUCACCCUCAACGUCUGGGAGAUGCUGCACUUGGGCAUCGGCACCAUCACUGACAUCAUACGCCGGCGACGGGCCACGCCCCCCGACGACGAGUACCAGCUGGGGCUGCUGGGGACCGGGGGAGUGUCCGUCGGAGUCGGAGGCACCGGGGGACCGAUCAGUGAGGGGGAAGGCACGGGCGGCGUGGGGGGAGCUGUUGGUGCGGACUACGUGGGCUACCCGUUCUCCUGGAACACGCCGUCGGCCCCGCCGGGAUACAACAUAGUGGUGAAGCCGGAGGCCAUGCCCUACACGGAUCUGAGCAACGCCAAGAUGGCCUGCAAGCAGAACCGGGAGAACAUUGCCCAGGAGCAGCAGCAGUACGGCUCAAACGAGGACAACUUCCCCACGGGGGCCGAACCGCGGGCCCCUCCCAUCAACAAGGACGUCAUCCAGCAGGCGCAGGAGCAGCUGGAGGCCGCCAUACAGGCCUACAGCCAGCACCACGGCAACAAUCAUCAUGACGACCCUCACCGCGGCGACGACGAUGACAAGCCGCAGAGCAACAUCACCCCGGCGCAGAAAGAGCACAAACACCACCACCACCGGGCCAAGGCCGGCAGGGGUGGGGGCAGCGCUGGGAGUGGGGGGGGGAGCAGUAGCAACAGCAGUAGCAGCAAAUCAGGAGAGGGCAAGCCAUCUGUGUGGAUCUGAUCUGGGGUUACACACAUUACACUAGAGACAAAUACAUAGAUUAUAUAUGUUCAAUACACAAUUUUAUGUAUGCAUUAUUACACACAUUCACAUACAUAUACACUAAUUAGAGGGAGGUGAAGGGAUGGUGCUUGGACACACCCUCUUAGUGCCUUCAGAGUUUCUUCACCCCUGCAGGAGAGAGAGGGGGUUUCUGGGAGAUUUGUGAAGCACUGACUGGCACAUGCCAAAAGAGCUGGUAGGCCUGCCAUCUGUCAGUCUCUAUGCCGUGGUAUUGAAGCUCAUAAAGAAUUAAAGCACCUUUGUCUUCCUUGAGGCGAGUCCUCCAGAACCCCUUUACUGCUCUCAUCGUGGGAGAACUCUCUGGAAACUCUCCCUCCAUACUGACACCCUGCAGUGCCAGUGGCUCAGACAUGCCAAUCCCAAGACUGCUUGACUGACUGGCUGACAGACUGACUGACUGUUGUGGGCCAUUCUAUAGCUAAUGGCAUUCCAGAUUCUACAGUCAGUGACAUUCCGGAGCUGGGUAGACACUGUGUGCCGAGACAAGUGCUAUUAGAUUCCCAGAGAUUCCUGGUGCGCUGAUGUCUGUCCUCCUUCCUUGAUGCCCCUUUGGGGUAGCACAGAAGCACAAUCUGAUUUGGAGUAGCCAGGGAUUCCUGGGUUAUCUUCUUAUUAGAGAGUUUAUGUAAAACUAAGAGGGUUGCUUAGAAUUUGGACCCACUAGGACAAGUUAGAUCCAGAGCCCUAUGAAACCGCAUAGGAGCUCUUUGUAGGAUAGAAUGUGGUCGGAUGUAGUCUCAAGUCUUUCUGCUCUUAUAGGCCGUAUGUUUUUUUCACAGUAUGGUUAGAGUUACUUAAUAUCAAUCAGUGAUAAAAAAAAUGUAUGGAGUAUGUAUGGAACAUAUUUGGGGAGGGGGAGGUUGAAAUCACCAGCACUUGAACUAAGGCAAUGCUAAACCCAUCCAGUGCUCUGUGGUUUCAGAUUAGAUCCAGUUGCAUUCCAGCUAAUCCAGGUUAUUCCAGAAAUACUCCCAUGAUCCUGCUCUUCUCUCUAUGUCUUCCUAAUGCACAGUGGCAAGUCUUCCUCCUCAAAAGUAUAUUGCCAGGGCCAUAUGUCUGAUUUUAAGACAGCUGAAACAGGUAUGCCUUUCUUUUUGAUUUAACUGUGCAUUAACAUGUUUGAAUGACUGUGGGAGACCAUACACUGUUGUGAUUGCUACGAGGACACCAUCCAGAGAGGUGUAUUCUGGCAGUUUAGCAAAUGGAUACUUAUGCCAUAGAUACCUGACUAGAGAGAACACAGGUUUGUGAAUACAAUCCCUUUAUGAGUCUAAAUGGUUUUCUAUACGGUGUCGCCAGUGUGAAUGGCUGAAGAGACAAACAGGAUUUGCCUAAUUGUUUAUGUUUUAAUCAAGUUAAGUUCAAUCAAGUUCUUUUCUAUGAACUUUUUUUAUAGCAGAAAUUUCAAUUAUGAACAGAUCGGUUGUUUCUUUGGAUAAAAUUUUUAAUAUAUUUUUCUUUCUUUCAUUGCCAAAUUGUAAGAAAGACUAUUUUUAUAGUUAGUUGUAGUAAUAACAUACUACAGUUAGAAAUACUCUCAAACUUCAUGUAGGUGUUAUAUACAUACAGUAGUAUAUAUUGUACCAGUAGUAAACCGAUUAGUUGGUUCAACUGACUGUUUUCUUUAAUUAUUCCUUGUUGGUUCAAGUCACAGUCCUGUUUAUCCAAGGGAAAACUGACUGGCUGUUUCAGCAGGCCUUUCAAACAGCAGUGAACCUUGUGCUUAAUGGUACUUGCUCAGAUUGAAGGGGAGACAGUGUGUGUGUGUGUGUGUGUGUGUGUGUGUGUGUGUGUGUGUGUGGUGUGUGUGUGUGUGUGUGUGUGUGUGUAAGGAUGUAUGGAUAUGGGUGUGCACAUACAUGAGAGAGAAGACCAGGGCCUUUAUAAAAUUGCGAAUGCUUGUGUAUUGUAUUAAAGACAUGCUAUGUUUGGUCUGUAAAAAUGGCGAAAUUGUCUGAAGUCACUCUUUUGUUGUCCUUGUGCCAAGGAGGCCAACAAAAUGUGAGGCUAAUUUUGAAGGAGGAGAGUGAAGGUGUUAGAGAAUGAUUCAAACUUCAGCACUGACAUGUCGCUUAUCAAGCACCUCUCACUCAGAGAGGCUGUUGGCUCUCAUUAGUCUUGGUGCCAUUUGCCUGUAUGUGUCCAUGUGCGUGGGCAAGUGUCUAUGUGUGUGCGCACACACUCACGUGGCCAAAAGUGUGUGUGUGUGUGUUUUCUCUUUGAGAGGAGUGUUUCCCGUACUUGUGCAAAUCGUCGUGUUAACUGUGUUUGUGUGAAUGUGGACUUUGUAAUAACAUGUUCUGAUUUUUUUUUUCUUUAUGUGAACAGCUGGAGUCACCAGCAGUGUAAUAUAUUUCCAUUUUUGGAAACACUUUUAUUUCCGAUUAAGUAUUCCUAAAUGCAUGUUUAAAGUUAUUUUGUUAAGACAUUUAAAUAAAUGACCAUGGAAAAAAAUGUCA